GUUUAUGUGUUGCCCAAUCACUCACUACUAUUCCCCUUUGCUUGGGGUCAGACAGGUUGGAGUCUGGGAGUGAUGGCGGCGCUGUAUGGGUUGUUUUGAGUUGGGGGGAUACAGUAUUUUCCGGGGCAAUUGGAUAAUACACGUAUAGAGGUUUUUGAUUUGGACCCGUUCAGGUUGAAAGGAUGAAGCCCCAGAAGAAUAAAUGGCCUCGGAAAAAAUGUGAAAGGAAUGUAUGAACUUUGCAGUUGUCAAACACAAUUAUUACAAGGGUAGGAGACGAAGGGGUGAGGGCUAUUGUUUUUGUAACUAGAUUGGGACUGGAAUUAAGGCGUUGUUCUAUUAAUGUUACUACUCGAUUAAUUUUGUAGCAGCAGAAUUGGAAAUUACGCUUAAUAACAAAGAGACAUAAAUCUGAAGCGGCUUUUUUCCUCUAAGAAAAUAAACACAGCCUUGUCUCGCGUCAGCACCUGAACUAUAGUCUUCUCGAAUUCCUGCUUAUAUGCUUUGUUUCGUGUUUGAUUAUUAUUAUUAUUAUUAUUAUUAUUAUUAUUAUUAUUAUUAUUAUAGUCGUAGUAUUAAUCAAACGUAGGUCGUUUCAUCUCACGUGUUUGUUAGGCAGAAUUGUUAUUUUUUGUUUUCCAAGAAUGUGAAAUCGACAUGCACCACAGAAAAAGUAAGAAUGUAUAUUGUUUAUAACUAAUUACGGUGACUGCCAUGAUCACUUGAUUGUAUUUUGUAAUCACAUUACCUCUGUGUCAUCGUUUUCAUAUACCAGCCUGAAUGGAUGUAAUUUUGCAAAGAACAAGGACUGAGUGUAAAUUGCUAAGUUUUGUUUGCCUUCUGAUUAACUGUGAUAUGGUAAUUUGAGGCUGGUAGCGCUAUUUUGCAUCCACAACUCGGCCCCCUAUGGUGAGGCUACAGCCCAGAGAUGGCUCACUCGCAAGCCGGUUUCCAAAACGGUGAAAGACGGCUGAGCAGCAAUAAUAAGGACAGUGCUUGGAAUGGGUCCCCCACCUACAGCCCACUGGCUCACUCUGCUUCUGCCUGCUCGAAUCCGCUGUGGACUGCGGUAUUUGAUUACGAAGCCAGCGGGGAAGAUGAACUUAGUCUGCGGCGGGGAGAUGUGGUCGAGGUGCUUUCAAAGGACGCUGCCAUCUCCGGUGAUGAAGGCUGGUGGACUGGCAAAAUCAACUAUCGGGUCGGGAUAUUCCCCUCUAAUUAUGUUACCUACAAACCCGCCAUAUACCACAGACUGCAGCCCUCUAGUAGUGUUGUGGGAGUGGACAAUGGUGGCCGGAGCUCUCCGGUAGAGAUCAGUUUUAGCGAGCUGACUCUGGAAGAGAUCAUUGGGGUCGGAGGGUUUGGCAAAGUGUACAGGGGAACCUGGAUAGAGCAGGAGGUAGCCGUAAAGGCAGCGCGCUAUGACCCCGACGAGGACAUCACUGCCACAGCAGCGAGUGUAAAGCAGGAGGCGAAGCUCUUUUCUAUGCUGCAACAUCCCAAUAUCAUUAAACUCGAAGGGGUUUGCCUUCAGGAACCUAAUUUGUGCCUUGUAAUGGAAUAUGCCCAAGGAGGGACCUUGAAUCGGGCUUUGGCUGGGCGCAGGAUACCACCCCACAUCCUGGUUAACUGGGCUGUACAGAUAGCCAGGGGCAUGCACUACCUACAUGAAGAAUCAGUUGUGCCCAUCAUUCACCGGGACCUCAAAUCCAGCAAUAUACUGUUAAUUGAAAAAAUCAAAAAUGAUGACAUAGGCAAAAAGACAUUGAAGAUCACAGACUUUGGCUUGGCCAGAGAAUGGCACAAAACGACCAAAAUGAGUGCUGCUGGAACAUACUCUUGGAUGGCUCCAGAAGUGAUCAAGUCUUCGCUGUUUUCUAAAGGCAGUGAUGUCUGGAGUUAUGGGGUGUUGCUAUGGGAGCUACUGACAGGAGAGGUGCCUUAUCGUGGAAUUGAUGGUCUUGCUGUUGCCUAUGGAGUGGCAGUCAACAAAUUAACCCUUCCCAUUCCAUCCACUUGCCCGGAACAGUUUGCCAAGCUUAUGGAAGAAUGCUGGGAGCAGGACCCCCACAUCCGGCCAUCUUUCACUGCCAUUCUGGAGCAACUCACUGCCAUCGAGGAAGAAGUCAUGGCUACGAUGCCCCAAGAAUCAUUCCACUCCAUGCAGGAUGACUGGAAGGUGGAGAUAAAGGAAAUGUUUGAGGAGCUCAGGACAAAGGAGAAGGAGCUGCUCUCGCGGGAGGAGGAGCUCACCAGGGCGGCCCUUCAGCAGAAGUCUCACGAGGAGCUCCUUAAGCGGCGGGAGCAGCAGCUAGCGGAGAGGGAGAUCGAUGUUCUGGAGCGGGAGCUUAACAUCCUUAUCUUCCAGCUCAACAAGGACAAGCCCAACGUCAAGAAGAGGAAGGGCAAGUUCAAGCGCAGCCGCUUAAAGCUGAAGGAUGGCAACCGGAUCAGCUUACCUUCAGAUUUUCAGCACAAAAUCACUGUUCAGGCUUCCCCCACGAUGGACAAGAGAAGAAGUUUAAACAGCAAUAGUUCUAGCCCGCCAAGCAGUCCCACACUCAUUCCACGUCUCAGAGCGAUACAGUUGAGUUCAAAAACUGACAUCAGCAGUGUCAGUGGCCGGAGGAACAGUAUGUAUGUGUACCAUCAAGAUGUGGAUAUCACAAGUGAAUGUGAACCUGCCAGGGUUAGAAAAAAAGUAACUUUGGAUGAAAGCAACAGAACAUGGGGAAGGAGCACAAUUUACAAACCGGAAGAAUUUGAAGAUGUCCAAAAAGUUUUUAAAAAGAAGGGGCGUACAUGGGGACCAAGUUCUGUUCAAACAAAGGAUCGGGCCAAUGGUGCGGAAAGGAUAAGGCCAUUAUCAGAUGGCAGCAACCCCUGGUCCACCAGUUUGAUGAAAAACCAGAAGUCUGUUCCUUUAGCUGCACUGUUUGUGGAUCAGGGGGCAUCUCCAGAAGAGAUUUGUUCAUCUGAAGGCAUUGACAACAGCCGACCAAAGCAACUGAAGUUCUCUAAUCAGGUGUAUAUCGAUCUACCUCUUUGGAAAGAUGAACAGGGGGAGGGCACGGGAGGCAGCGAAGGCUUGGAGGAAGCAACUCCCGCCAGCUCAGCAAGCAGCACACCUCAAGUCACUCCAACCAACAGUCUGAAACGAGUGACGCUGAGAAAGAAAACGGACAGUGUGCUGUACGGGUGCGCCAUGCUCCUCGCUUCAGUUGGCUUGGGUUUCGAUAUCCGCGAUGUGAACAAUAGGCCCCAGUCCAUGGAAGAGCCCGUGAUGAAGGAGGAAAAGAAAAAGAGGGAGGGGAUAUUCCAGAGAGCCACCCGGUUCCAUCGGAGCACAAGUCCUCCCAACAGAAUGAGUUUGAAAAAAGAUGACGGCAACAUUCCUUCGCUGGGCCCUCCCUCCGGUUCAGAUCAUCUCCUUUCCAUGUCUUCCAUUUCCGAAUGCAACUUCACAAAGUGUUUGAUUCAGGAUAAUUCCGAAGAAGCAAGUACAUACAGUUUCUAUUUGAAGGAAGGGUCGUCAAAUGAAAACGGCAGCAGCGAACACAAGCACAAGGAGUCUGGUUCACCCAAAGUAUUGAACAACGGGGCCUUCAGUAGCAUGUCAGAAUGGGAUUCCGACCUGCAGUCGCCUGACUCUGAGAACAACAGUGUUUUGCAACACAAGCAAACAAUGUCGGUGGUAAAUGCAGUUCAGAAUUACACUAACGGCACAUCCAGCUCGCAAAGGGAUCCAACAGUAUACCCCCAGAUUCCCAAUCCUGAAGCAGUGUAUCCAGCCUCUGUGCCGAGAAGAAACCACAAAAGAGAUGUCACACCCGAAAGGCACCUCUCCGGAGACUAUGCCUCUAGACCACGGCCUCUGUCCCUUAAAAGUAAAGCCCACCCCUGGCAUCUUGUCCGAAAGAAGAGCUCAUCCGCAGGACCUUUCUCGGGAGAGAAAACAGCACAAAAUCUAAACUAUUUGCUUGCUGCUGAAGCAAAGGCUGGCUGUCUCGCCGUACCUGCUGCCUGCUCUUUACUGGACAUUGAUAUGGAAGGACAGAAAGGGGACUGUACAGUACCCCUUUGUAGAAUUCAGAGCAAACCUGCCAGAUCUACAGUAUAUGAACUGGAAAAUGAGUCAUUGUCUUAGCAAUUUGUGUCUUAAACAAACAUGUUUGUUCUAGCACAUCAGUGUUUCUUAAUGAAAGCUGCUCUACUACUAAACUGGAACCUUCAUGUGUCACCAGGCAGCUGGUUGCCGUUUAAUCCACUUGGGUUGAUGCUGCUUUCAGUUCAUACAGGUACUUCAUAAAGGUUAUUUAUGUCUAAAUUCUGAUACGGCUAAGUUGUAGGUUGCUGGAGCUUUAUUUGCUGAAUGCUAGAUUUUUAUGAUGUUUUUUUUUUUUCUUUUUAAAUAUCAUAUACCAAUUUAAACUGGUCAAUAAUAAAGGCGACAUGGAUUCCUUAUACAAUGUGGUUUAAUAGAGUGCUAACCAAGGUUUUAAAAUCAAUUUUAGCACACUUCUGUUGAAACUCUUUUGGUGCUUGCAUUUUGUACUCCACUUUGGAAUAUGCAGAUAUUUCAAAAGCCAGGCUAUUUAAGUUGCUGCUGCUUUCUGGUACAUAAUCACUUCAUGUGCUGUAGUUCAGACUAUGUGUCCAACAGCAAAGGUACCAGGAUGUAGUAAUUGCUGAAUAUCCUGUAUUAAUGUAAAUUGACUAAAGAACAAAAAAAGGUUAAUAGCACAAUCAAAGGGACUAGAAACAAUAUUAAUAAAUCUAAUCUGAGGUGAUUAUAAUAUAUUUCAAAGCACUGGUUAUCUACAAUAAUUCUGCAUAUAGAACUGUUCUUUCAUUUAUAGAAUUAUCCCAAAUUGAAUGUAUUGGUGGACAUUUUAUUUGUUGUCAUCCAAUGGUUGCAUUUCUGAAUCAGAUAUAGGUUUAAAAAUCCACUAUUGCUGCUUUUGACUGUUGUUGGGGCACACUGUAUCCCUGAUACAGUGUUAAAUAUACAGGUAUCCCUGGCAUGUAGAUUAGAAACCAUGUCUAUCAUAUUUUGGUGGUUGAUUUAUACAUAAGGUGUUCACUACAUAAUACGUAUGAUAUUAUAACCAGCUGCUACACAUGUAUACUUGUGUUGAAUGUAUAACUUCUACAGCGCCUAAAAAUAAGGUGAGAAAUGACCUUCUGUUUUAAGAUGAACAUUCAAAAUGUAUUUCUGCAAUGUUACAUUUAAAAGGAAAGGGAAACUGGCCUUUGAACAUAGAAUUGCAUGUGGAAAUCAUUUUAUGUACUGCAGCUGAUUUUAAGUCAUUCCAUGAAUAUGUAAUGUGUUUUUUUAUGUUGGAGUCAUCUAUUAUAUGAGAGUACUGGCAAGACCAAUACUUUUUUGUUAAUUUAGUUAAAAAAAAAAAAAAAAAAAAAGUGUGUACAUAUAUGAAGAAUGGGCGCCAGUAUCGAUAAUUUAAUAUGCUAUCGUUCAACAUCGAUAAUCAUUUUCAUGUCACAAUAUUGAUUAAAAAAAAAGAAAACACGUAUGCAGAGACACUUUUUAUUGCUAAUACUGCUAAAAAUACAAACAGAGUAUAAUCAAGUUUAUUUUAUAUUAAUAUAAAAUAAAACAAAACCCUAUACAUACCAAUCGUUGUCAGUCUCAUAGGCAAACACCACACACUAAUGUUUUAUUUAACCAUUUUAUUCCAUUGAUUGGAGUUUAGGUACCAAACGCUAUUUGCAUGUUGCAUUAAGCACCAUUGAACAUCUGUUUUGCAUUAUUUUGAGAUCUGCGCAUGCAUCAGCGGUUCAUUACUUACGCUAUUAUUAAUGUAUUUUUAAAAUGUGACCUUUCUGUUUUAUAAAUGAGAUGCACUUUUAAAACAUCAAAACACAUUUCAAAAUAAUACAAAAUUCAGCAUGACACCGUACUUAAUACUUUUCGAGGUGUUGUGAGUCAGCAUUUACACGCAGAGCAGCUGAAGAUCCGGAUUGGCUUCAAAGUCUGUGUGCAGUGAAGUAUAUAAAUAUUUCGGUUUUGAGGUAGCUAAUGAUGGAAUAGUAAAACAGUAUAACAAGAUCCUGUUUUUCUCCAUGGAUAUUGUGAAGCAAAGCACCACUAAGUUAAACAUACUGCUUUUCAUAUGUAAAUAUCUGUUAACGUCUAUAUGUAUAUAUGUUUCAUAUUGCAAUUGUGUUAUUAUAUUUUUCUAUGUUUUGGAAGACUUCGAUAUCAUCUAUCGAAAAACGUGGACGAUAUCGAUACACAGUUUUCAUAUCGUUGCCCACCCCUAAUAUAUAGAUAUAGAUAGGUCUUUCUUUCUUUCUUUCUUUCUUUCUUUCUUUAUAUAUGAUAGAUAGAUAGAUAAAGCACACUAAACUAUUGGUAAAUUAUUCACUGAUUUCCUAUAGUAAUCUGUUAAACAUAAUUUGUAUUCUAUUUUUUUACAAUGUGCACAUUUUAUAAGAUAGUACAGUAUUUACUUUUUUUAAAUGGAACAAAUUGCUAGGUUUUAUUAAAUAUGAAAUGUGAUGCCUCUGUAUUUGAUUGUUGUACAGUACAAUAGCUACAGAAUCAUGAUAAGGACUCAAUCUCGAAGGUUACUUUUUUAACACUAAUUAUCAGUCAUGGUGGUACUUUUAGAAGUAACAGAAAUCACAACAAAACAUGCUCCUGUAAUUUUUGGGAGCGUUAUAGUACAGUAUGGGAGAUUGAGCUGGAUCUUGGAGGAGGUAAAGCACAUCCUUUUCCCAAUGAUUUCUACUGCUCCACAAUAUACUUUUAAUCUUUAGAGGGUAUAGCAUGAAGCAACUGAGAUGAUAAUGGGUCUCAAUAUUCUAAGUUAUAUUUCAUACAAAUAGUAGAUUAAUUAUGGUAUGGAGUUACCAGUCAAGUCCAUUAAAGGCUUUCUUAUCUUGA